UCGGGAAGUAGUUCCGGGUGCGCGGCCCCGGAUGUUGGCUGCUCCCGCUGCUGCCGCCGCUCUCGGCGCUGCUCGGGGCCUCGGCCGCUCGCACCAGGCACCGUUGGGACCUUUCCUGGGGGGCGGAGACGCACGCAGCGGCCGGGGGCUCGGCCGGGCCGUCCCGGCCUGCGCAGCCUGAGAUUCUCUUUGUGGCCAGAUGGGUUUGUAUGGACAGGCUUGUCCAUCUGUAACUUCAUUAAGGAUGACAUCUGAACUGGAGAGCAGCCUAACAUCUAUGGACUGGUUACCACAGCUCACCAUGAGAGCGGCCAUCCAAAAAUCUGAUGCUACACAGAAUGCACAUGGAACAGGAAUUUCCAAGAAGAAUGCACUCCUUGACCCAAAUACAACCCUGGACCAGGAAGAAGUCCAACAGCACAAAGAUGGGAAACCUCCAUACAGUUAUGCCAGCCUCAUUACAUUUGCAAUUAAUAGCUCACCCAAAAAGAAAAUGACUCUAAGUGAGAUUUACCAGUGGAUUUGUGAUAACUUCCCAUAUUAUAGAGAGGCUGGCAGUGGUUGGAAGAAUUCCAUACGGCACAAUCUGUCGCUGAACAAGUGUUUCCUUAAAGUGCCUCGAUCCAAGGAUGACCCCGGAAAGGGGUCCUAUUGGGCAAUUGACACCAAUCCGAAGGAAGAUGCACUGCCUACUCGGCCAAAGAAGAGAGCGCGAUCUGUAGAACGGGCCUCAACUCCAUAUAGCAUAGAUUCAGAUUCUUUGGGAAUGGAGUGUAUUAUUUCUGGAAGUGCCUCUCCAACUCUGGCAAUCAACACUGUGACUAACAAAGUAACAUUGUACAAUACUGAUCAGGAUGGUAGUGAUAGCCCACGCAGUAGCCUUAACAACAGUCUCUCAGAUCAGAGUUUGGCAUCUGUUAAUUUGAACAGUGUUGGAAGCGUGCACAGUUACACACCGGUGACAAAUCAUCCAGAACCAGUCUCUCAGUCAUUAACUCCUCAACAGCAGCCACAGUAUAACCUUCCAGAACGAGACAAACAACUGCUUUUCUCAGAAUAUAAUUUUGAAGAUCUCAGUGCCUCAUUUCGGAGCCUUUAUAAGUCAGUUUUUGAGCAGUCACUUAGUCAGCAAGGUUUGAUGAACAUCCCUUCCGAAUCUUCCCAGCAGUCCCACACUUCGUGUUCCUAUCAACACUCUCCUAGCAGCACAGUGAGCUCUCACCCACACAGCAACCAGAGCAACCUGUCCAACAGUCAUGGCAGUGGCCUCAACACCACUGUCAGUAAUUCGGUUGCACAAGUCUCACUGUCCCACCCCCAGAUGCACACACAGCCGUCUCCACAUCCGCCCCAUCGACCGCAUGGUUUACCACAGCAUCCGCAGCGUCCCCAGCACCCAGCACCACACCCGCAGCAGCACAGUCAGCUCCAGUCCCCUCACCCCCAGCACCCUUCUCCACAUCAGCACAUACAGCACCAUCCGAACCAGCAGCAUCAGACGUUAACACAUCAGGCACCGCCACCCCCACAACAGGUAUCCUGUAAUUCUGGUGUUUCCAAUGAUUGGUAUGCAACACUUGAUAUGCUAAAAGAAAGCUGUCGAAUCGCCAGCAGUGUUAAUUGGUCAGAUGUAGACCUUUCACAGUUCCAAGGUUUGAUGGAGAGUAUGAGACAGGCAGAUCUCAAGAACUGGUCUUUAGAUCAGGUUCAAUUUGCUGAUCUCUGUUCUUCUCUUAAUCAGUUCUUUACACAAACUGGCCUUAUCCACUCACAGAGUAAUGUUCAGCAGAAUGUCUGUCACGGUGCCAUGCAUCCAACAAAAUCUUCCCAACAUAUUGGAACAGGAAAUUUGUACAUAGACUCCAGGCAAAAUCUCCCUCCUUCAGUGAUGCCACCCCCUGGUUAUCCUCAUAUCCCACAGGCACUCAGCACUCCAGGAACAACGAUCACAGGCCAUCACGGAGCCAUGAACCAGCAGCACAUGAUGCCUUCCCAAGCCUUCCAGAUGCGGCGCUCUCUGCCUCCAGAUGACAUCCAGGAUGACUUUGAUUGGGAUUCAAUUGUGUAGAGCUUGUUUUUCAAGGCCCAGACCCAGCAUCACCUUUCUGUGCAGUGAAGGGAAAGGUUUAAGAGAAUCCAGUUGAGAAAACAAAGUUGCUAAUCACUUUACCAAUGUUAUUGAAAUUUUUUUGAAGACAAUCAAAAGAGAUUUUAGCUGGAUAACUUACUGCUUUUAUCUGACUCAGACAAGUACUACAUGUUUGUCUCCCUGCCAGCUGCCCUACGUAGCUCCUGUUGUGUGAUUUGAACGGCUUUUGCAUAUUUGUGUCAUUUGAUGUUGACCACAAGUGCCAGACUGAUUUUUCAGACAGAGCGUAUUUUGCUGCAAGCAGUUUAUAGAUGCAUAUGUGUAAAUACAUGUACAAAAAUUACUGAAAGGCUUCAGUUUUUUCUAAUUGGAUUAUUACGUCUUGAAAAGGAAGUUACUGUGAGUUUUUAUUCCGUGUUAGACUAUUUUCUGCAGGAUGCUUUUAACUGGUGUAGGCAACUGAAAGGAAAUAGAUUUUUUUUCAAAGCCCAGUUCCCCUUAUUUAAUCUCUUUCAGAAAUGUGGGUAUUGAGUUCUACUCAGUAAGUCAGAGAACCCAGACUUUGAUACCCUCCAAACAGUCCAAAGGGGCAUGUUGUUCCUGAGCAGUGUAAAGAACUGACCGAAUGUUUUCUGAUGCUUGGGGGAUUCUAGAGUUUGUGUUGCACCUUGUCAGUGUCUGCUUUUCUAAAUCUGCAUUGUAUGACAGUUCUGAAUGUGUUUGAUUGAUUAGAAGCUGCUCAUUGCUUGGCUUUUUAAACAGAUCAAUGUCUCCACAUUCACUUAUGUAUUUAUUAUUCAAAAGUGUUAUUUUAAUAUUUAUUGCUGUCUUUUGUGAAUGCUCCACUCCUUUUGGGUUCAUUAAGGAGAAAUGUGGUGUCUGAAAGCACAGAAUUACUUUUCUUGAUAAGAGUUUACAGACAAGACAAUCAAAGAGAGACUGUCAUUCUCUUUAUCAUUACUCCUCCUAUCACAUGCAUGUAUUUCUCUACCUUAGCAUUCCUGCUGAUUGAGACUUGUUAGCCAAGUAGGGUUUUCUGGAAUUUGAAUCAGAGUUCAUUUGGGUGACAGAGCAGCAGGGCAGUGUUCGUAAAGCAGAUUUCCCCCUCAUUCUCUUUCCAUUUAGGAAGCACGGAAAGGCGGGUAGAGCCACACGUGGCUUUUGCUCGCCUCAGUCCCCAGUGCAGUUACUGAGUAGCCCGCUGUUUCUGUUGUCCUGUGUGUCUGUGUGUGCGUGACGUUUGACGUUUGAUUCCUUUCUUUGAAAUGCAGCCUGCCUCUUAGGAGUUUUUAUUCGUUGUUUUUUGUUUUGUUUUACAUUGUAUCGCAGUUAUUUUGCAUGGAUUGAUUGUCUUAGUUUUCUAAAUGAAACUAAAAGAAAUGAGAUUUCUUUUUUAAAUGAGUAGAUUUUGAAUUGGUUCUUUAGACCAAGAAAAGAGAGAGAGAGAGCAGAAUAUUUUUCAGUUCUAAAGGGGAAACGAAGGAAUAAUAAAAGCUGCUCACUUGUUGCUUUUUAGCAUCUCUAGUCUCUAUCAGCCAUGCUUAAGUCACUUUAUUACCCUUGGUGAUUCUGUGGUUGAGUAAUCUCUACUUGAACUAAACAGACAUCUUUAUUUCUGUUUGUGUGUAUGUGAGAGUGUUUGCAAACGUGUGUGGGGUUUUUUUGUUUGUUUGUUUUUUAUGGAGUGUUGCCUUGAAUGAGUCACUGGGAAGCCAGCCUUGGUACAGGCUGGUGAGGUUGGGGAGAAAGGAAGGGCUUGAUGUUCCUGUUGUUUGGAUCCUGCUUGACAUGAAAAAGAAAGCUCAGUUCUAGCCCCUCGGAUCAGUGAAAAUCAGAGGAUUCUGGAAAGGCAGCCAACAGGCCCCUCUUAGAUGGAUCAGAGGCAAGAUGAGACAGCAGCCUACAGAGUAAAAGCCUGAAAAAAAGGGGGGUGACUCUCAGCAGUCUGCUCAAGUCACUCUUCUGUAGAUACUACGAUAGCUGUUUUGAAACUUUAAAUUGUACAGAUAGCAAUGGUGCACUUUAAACAGUUUGGGUAUUGGAAUGCAGUCACGUGUACUGAGUGAUUCAAGCAGAAACCACUGAUGAAGAUUUUACCAAUUGUGUGAAGCUAAUUUCCCGUUUGGCAAUCACUUACUGAUUUGCAGUGAUCAGUAUUUUUGUGUGAAUUUAAACUUACCAAGAAUGGCCCUGGAGGCAGAGCCUCCUCCCACGCCCUCCCACUCCUGUGAUUCAUGUGGCCUGGAGCCCAGGACGGGCCUUCUCAGUGGGCUCCUGGCAGACAGGGCUACCUGGUGAGGUGCAGAGCUUCCCUCUAGUGGCCAUCUCAGUUGGUAGUUGUUAAUGCAGAGCAAGCUCUGUCUUGGGCUUAAAUUGACUGAAGACUUUUAGGGGAAAGAAUCAUAAUUGCAUAUAAUCAAAUGGGGGUACUCUGUCCAGGAGAAUAAUCCGACUGGCAUUUGUGGCAGUUUUUGAAAUGUAAACGUAUUCAUGUGUGUUCUUGUAAAUACAUGUCUCUCAGAUGUCCUUUGAAGUGGGAGGGAAUCAAUCUGGGGAUUAUUUCAAAUGGAAUAGAGUAUUUUGAUAUUGUUCAUUCAGAGGGUGAUGUGUACAUAUCUCUAUUGUAUAUAUGUGAUGAACAUGCAUUGGCUUUUUGUGCAGACACAACCUGCUCUCUGUACUGCUGUUGGACAGUCAGUGUUUUAAUGUUUCUACAGUUUUGCUAUUGCACGAUUUCAUAGUUUGCCUCUAUGAUGAAUGGCACCCAUUCUUUGUAACUGUUUAGUGCUGUAAAGAAAUAUUCCAAGUGUCAUUAGGAUUGUUGCUGCCAGAAGUGAUAUGCAUGAAUGGCACUUAAAAUAAAUAUAUUACGUUAACUCUA